AUGCCUCCACGAAACGGCUCGUCAUUGUCGCCACUGACCGUUGGCGCCAAGUGGUGCGAUGCUCAACUGAGCAGAGCGUCACGAUCCUGUCCUGCCGCGCAAGUCUCAUGCCAGUUUUCCACAACGUCGCAGCAGCUCAGACGGUCAAAGGCGCAGCACAGUCUUUACCGAUGGCUGAAGGAUCCUAAGGGUGGCAUGCUGUUUCGCGACGCUCCUCAGAAUGGUCCCAAAUACGUGGGAUCGCUGCCAGACCAACCCUUUCCUCUGAACCCUCUUUUCAGAAGCCAGUCCGUGUUGAGCGAGGAACUGAGGGAAGAGAUUUACCAUCGAGUCAAGACGAGCAAACACUCGCUCAAGACGGUAUCAUCUUCUCUAGGUGUCGAUGUUCGCCGAGUUGCUGCGGUGGUGCGCAUGAAGGAGAUGGAGAAGCAAUGGGUUGCCGAGACGUACUACAUGGUUACACCUUUGGCACUGCGAGCCUCUCUGAUUAGCUACACUAUCUCUCUUCGCAACAUUUCUGGAUUCUGCGUAGACAACCUGCUGACAACAAUCAUACAACAGAAGAAGCAGCUAGCUACACCCUAUGCUAAAGCGGUUCUGGGCAUGCUUCCCCAGACCAUCUUGAGGAAGGAGGCUCAAAUUCCCCAUGAACCAAUCAAUGAGAUUCACGUACACAAACUCACGAUGCAGCAACUAUUCGUCCCCGUGUCCGAGUCGCGUCAAUUCAACAGGGAGGACGCGGCCAAGGCGUUCCACAGGAACAUGUUAUCCGCCGACCAGCGAUCGCCUUUAAAGGAGCUUGUGACAAUGAGGAAAUCAAUAGACGGCGGCGUGAAGCCAGCUGAGGCGUUCGAGAAGUUUAAGGAGACAACUCGAGCUGAAGAAGACAAGCUGAUUGAGAAGGAGAGGCGGCGUCUGGAAAAGGCGGAGGAAGAAACAACACGCGUGGACACUGGUCGCUUUGAGUUCAGAUUCAAGGAGAUGAACGUCGAAGCUGCUGGCAAGAACGGCCGUGGCCGCAAGGCUGUGGGCUGGAGAUAUGGUGUGCCUUUCUAUGACCGCAAGAAGGGAGAGUUUAAGCUCCCCACAUCGGUACCAUGA